AUGGUGAAGCGUAAAGAGAGACAGCGCGACGGAUUGAUUAGUCGAUUCGAUGUCCCGCAGCAAGGGUAUAGGCAGCAGCAGCGGACUAAGGCCAGGCACAGCGAUAGUAUUCUCAGAACCUGCACGGAAACGUCGAGCACCCGGGGGGAAAGAGCGAAAGAGCGAGAGCGAGCGAGAGAGAGAGCCCAGAGAGGGAGGGGGCCACACAGGAAAGUGAGAAAGAGAGAGGGGUGGGGGACCCGCCAGAAAGUGAAAAUCGAGAAGAAAGUGGAUGGAUUUGCUGGAUUUGCUGGCCCACAGGAACAACCGGCGGCCCAAGAUUUCCUCACUUCUAGAGCCCAUCCACGAUCUGAGAGGCCAAAAGGUGGAGACCAUGAAUGGAAAUUGGCUCCCGUCGCUGGUCUUGAAUGGAUCACCAGAACGCGCGAUGGAUCUCCGGCCGAUGAAGUCGUGUUGUGUGUGGUUUGUGCUGCUGCCGCCGCCGCUAACUACUCAAUCCCAUCGUGGUCGAUCGAUCGAUCGACCGGCGGACCCCAAAGCAAUAUCCCGUCAUGGAUUGCAGUUGAAACAGCAUAG